AUGUCCUGCGGCCACAUCUUGCGCUCCCGCCUCCGGGACUGCGGCGCAGGCGCCGAGUGCAAAGGCGAGCACUGGCAGCCGGCCUUCAUCAACGAUAGCUGCGCGGCGUGCCACCGGCCUCUGAAGUACAGCCAAAACCGCGCGCUGCACGAAGCCGAGCACGCCGUCCUUAUGGCUGACUACAGACGCGCCGAAACUGACGGAGACGAGGAGGGCAUGCGCCGUCUCCGGCGCGCCAUGCUCGAGCACACGCGGUCAUCGCGGCAGAGGAAUUUUGCAGUGAGUCUGGUACGGGAGGAAAAGUACGGCGGUGUGCAAUGGCCUGAGACAAGCAGGGGAGGCGGUGGUUACGCUUCAAAUGACGAGGGAAGAGGGCCAGAAUCAAAUGGUAAAGCUUGA